UUAUCUUUAUUUUAGUUUACCGGGGUUUACAAUCCAGACCACCUUCGUUCCUCUCACGCCUAUGCAUAGUUGACGGCAGAUAGCAGGGUAAUGGCAUUGAGCUGGGACCCGGAGUUCGCAAUGGACAUGGGACAGGGAUUAUAAUUUAGUAUUACGACCUUUUUCUUAACAAUAGGUACGUGUCUCGAAGGAGGCUCUUAAUUCAUCUGAAAGUACCAUGGGUAUUUGUUUACGGGGGUGAUUUGAAGUUCAGGAAGAUGGGGCGGUUUUCUAUGAUUUUAUCUCCGUUCUUUGCUUGGGGUAUUUAAUGUGUCGCUUACACUGACUAGUUACUAUGUAGUCAACUAUCUUGCUGGCUUAAUUAAAUAGCUAGUUUGUUAGUUAGCUACGUAUUCCGAACCAACACGUUCUUUUAUUGAGUAUUGCCUAUAUUUACUCCCUAUAUUGCCCUUCUCUAUCUCUGUCUUGAUUAAAUGCUGGAGCAUAUCUAUUAAAAGUAACUGAUGGCUUAUCGAGAUGUGACAUUUACGCUGGGAUUAACUAUUCGACAGGUCUUCGGGGUACAACCCUCGAAGGAUCAGGUUAUACAAGACACGAAGGGGUUGGAAUUUGACUGGCUAAAGUUGAUUUCAGAUCAUCUCAGAGUUACUUAGGUUAACUAACCAGUUACCGUGGCACAAGCGGGUAGCUGCAUUGUUAUUUCUGAAUGGUUCAAUCACUCGGUCCCGAAUCCUAGCCCGACCUGAUGCUGACCGUCUCUUCCAUAUUAUUUCUACCGAACCUGAUGCAACCCAAAAUAGGACACCUUUCCUGUCAGCUACUUGUGAUCUUCAACACUAGAAGGCUGUUCGUGCAGCUCGGCUCGAACUCAAUGAUCGAUCAGGCUGUGCCUCGUUGAGUCGAGUAACCAGUUUUAUCCUCCAGUGCGUCGAUACUCGAUCUCCCUCUCUUUGGCUCCGUCGGUUUUCAGGCAUAUCUUUCCGCUUUGAUACGCAUAGUAUGAAAUGGACAUGGUUUUCUAUCCAAACUGACAUUGGAUUUGCUUUACCCGAGUUUACAGAGCACCCGCUUAGGAAUGUCGACCUGACUGCUUUAUCUUGCACUCGGCAUUUGUUUUAAUAGGUAUAACCAAUCUCUCGACAGUUAACUAAAUAAGGAAGAAGGGUAACUAAAAAGAAAAAAAGAAAGAAGAAAAAGAAAAGAAGAACAAAGAAAAUAUGACAGAAAAGAGGAGAAUUAUGUGAAGCGAAUUCCAGCAGUGCCGCCCUUUGACGUCAAUGAGAUCCGAUGGCGAUUCGCCCCCCGUUAUCAAGCAUCCGGUCACUGAAAGAACUAACUAGGCUUCUCACAGUUGUCUCUCUUUACUCAGAACUGGCUGGCAGGUAAUCAAUAAUGCUUCAUGCAACAAUCUGCUUUAGGCAGGCCAGUGUCACUUGUGCAACAAUCGCUUCCUCCUUUGCUCCCAGCUUUUCUUUGCCUAUGAGGAGCUCCCAUUCAUUAUUGCUGGACUACGUUCAUCCCUUGCCCAGGGACAUUCUCUUUUUCCUUUCUUCUUUUGGGCUGAGGCCGACUAUACCCAAGAUCUGCUCUGUUUCUUGUUACCCGAAACUUACCCGGAGAGUAUGCCUAGGGGCAACAAGUGUCUGAUUUGCUUGACUGGCAGAACCCCCAGUGCUCUUUGCAUCUGGACCUUAAAUAUCACUGGCUGGUCUCUCUCUCUCUCCCAGCCUGAAUCUGGAGUACACUCCACCGUAUCCGGCUCUAAUGCUUUACCUUGUUGGUGCCUGGUGAUGCAUGACAAGGCCCGACCAAACAAUAUGCACAUCUGUCCCUGAGAUUCCUCGGCUAUUUUGACACUUGUCCCACUCUGAGGAUAUCCAGCACCAGAUAUUCUGGCGCCUAGGUAUCCUAUCACCAAGCUCUUGAAUUAUCUCGAUUACAAAACGUCCCUGACAUGGGAUUUGGACCUUGUUCUUGGGUCUCCAUGUUGAACACUGAACUGGCAGAUUGCACAGUGGUGUAAUUCCCGCUUACCUCCGUGUGUACAUGGGUAGUGCUGUACGUUAUACCAAUACCUCAACGAAAGAAUAAACUGGGACAGACUGGGGCGUGCUGUAGAAAUGAAAAUGCCAAAUACUCGAUGCUACCCUAGGGCGUAGCGGUGUGGAGGUACUCCGUAAUGGCCCAUCAAAGGUCAUUAUGUUACACGAUGAUUAACAGGAACCUCUAGUGGCUUGUAAGCCCGCUGGAAUCCUCGUCAUUUGACACUCAAUCCAAUUAUUCGGUUCGUACUCGGCAUUAUCAACAUGGUCUCUCCGAGCACUGGAUACCCUUUUUCUAACCUGAUUUGCUCUUUGAAAUAUGCAUGCAACCUUUUUUUUUUGCCCUCGAAUGCCUUGUGAGCCAGGCGCGUAUCAGCUAUGGCUUGCUCUAGCAGGAUGAAUCGCAGGACGUGGAAGUCUAGCAUCCCAUGUUGCAGGUCCAUAUGCAAUUAUAACUUAGUCAUGCAAAUCAUAGACUAUGAAUGGAGGUAAACAGAUUUACAUAAUCCUUUUAGCGAACGUUUACCUACUGAAAGCAUUGCUUAUAUCUUUUAUGCUGAUGUCUGCUAUGACACGUUUUGAAUCCUUAUUUCAUGCGAUAUCCAUUACUCCACACAAACCACCGGGUUGUGCACAUGUUAUCGGUAGGUCGAGGAAACCUGGGAAGUGCACGUCAAGUGCAGAUUGUGCUCAAUUAAGCCCAUCUUGGUGUCACCCGAGCAUACGUUCGAUGCUAUCUUGCCUGCAUCAACAACUGCUCACGAGCUAACCGGAGCCAAGUGACGUAGGGGCAGCAAGGCUUAAGCUACGGUAAUUGAAACCCGCUAUGCCUGAACCAAUCUAACUUAUACGCUUAUUCUCCUUGCCUUUAACCGAUUGUCACCCUAGAGAAGCGUUACCGUUGUACGGCAAUUGAGAGCUUAUCCUGUGAUUCUCAGUUGCCGCACCUGCACAAAGCUAUGUAUGGUAGGUUACCCGGACCAAGUGCUCGAGGGCCCGUCAGGGGAAUCAAUAGCCGCACCAUUUGUUAGCCUGCGGUUUUCUACUUAAAUACCUAUCCGGCCUUUGUUGGAGAGAGUCUGUAGAAGGUGAUAUUUACUCCUGCCACCUCCAUACCCUUGGCAAUCUUGUGCAAGAAGCCUAGUUUAUCUCUUGGAUUUUAGAUAUCCUAUGUAAAUACGCAUACCUUAUCUUUACUUUUGCGGUCUGAAUUCGCAGCUACGUCCAGCCUCGAGAGACUGCUGUCACUAUUCUGAUGCCUGCCAUCGCGAUUCCCAGGCGAGUUACCAAUUCCGAUACCAUGACACAACCAAAUAAUGACGACUACCGCACAACCAUUUAUUUAGACCCACAACACAUCUUCUGCAAUAAUGGCAGAACGUUUCUUACCUGCAGAUCUUGUGCAGGAAAUCCACCCAGGUAAGGACGCUUCAACCUCUUUAAUCAUUAAUGCUACCUUCACUUGCGGCACCCGCAUUCUCUAUAAUUUGACUCAGGGGCUAAUGAGUUUGCUUAGAGAACACAACUGCGAGGACUGCAGAGGUAACGGCUUCAAUACGUACAUAUGUGGCCACUGUCAGAAUGCAUCUAUAUCCGAUGGAGCGAGAAUAGGACUGUUCACUACUGGUCCGUUGGCUACAGGAUCUCCAAACCUCAAGUCCUCACGAUCUUCCUCUCCUGAAAGCUCCGUCAGCUCCCUUGAUCGCCUCCCUCAGUCGAGGAACCUCGAUCCGCCUCAGCAUGGCCACCGGAGAUGAGCCAGAAGUACUCCGUAGAAGAGUAAACAAAAGAUAACGGCUUCUGGUCACAAUAGCGUCGACGACUAGCCUACGCCGUGCAGGUUUUGGCGGUUGGUUGGCUCUUUUCCUGAAUUUCUGGUUUCUACAGGAUGAGAAAAUGGCUGGUAGUUACAGCAAGAGACCUGUUUUAGGCGGCCGGUCAUUUUUCUCUGCUCAUGGUUGACAAUAAUUCCCAUAUGAUGCUACCGCAUACCAGACACUCAUCCGCCAUCUACUGGCGUUGGUGGCUGCCAUCAGGCUACUUGUUCCUCUUGCUGUUUCUCGAGAUCCGACCUUCAAGCGCAAUCAGCCCUCGUGGCGUAAUGGUUAACGUUUCAGACUUCUAAGCCACGUGAUCCCUCAAGGAUGGCGUCCUCUGAUAUCUGACUAUCCCGGUUC